AUGGAGCCAGUCGGGCUGGCAGUCGGCCUUGUCGGCCUCUUCAGUACCUGCAUGGACAUUAUGCAGCGGGUUGACUCGUACAGAACUGCUGGCCGCGACUCCCGACAGCUUGAUGCUCAGCUCAACGCGACUAUGCAUCUGUUCGAGCGAUGGGGUGAUGGAGUCGGCAUUAGCAAAGGCAAGCUCUCGGACAACCAUCAUCCAGAUCUUGACAAUUCGCGCACGUUCGCAGUCGUCCAAGGUCUACUGAAGAGUAUCAAGGACUUCUCCAUGACGUCGAGUGAGCCCCCGAACCCCAACGCCCUUCAGAAGACUCCGUCGUUUCCACUAUCGGGAGAUCUAUCGUCGCAUGGAUCUAAAAUCUCAAAGUGGAAGAAGACAACAUGGGCGCUGCGCGGAAAGCUAAAGGAGGCAAGCCAUGUUCAGGCCCUUGCAAGUCUCGUAUCGGAUCUUUAUAGCGUGGUUGCGCCUGAUAAUACGGGCUCAAAAGCCUUAACUCGAACUCCAAGUUCUAAAGACUUAUCAACCUCACAACCAUAUGCUGAAGAGAUUCGAGAGCUACUACAAAAGAUUGAGGAGGAGAUGGAAGCUGAGAAAACACGAGACUUGCACGCGUGGCUUGGUGCACCCAAGCCAAACGACGUGUUCAGCGACUCAAACGAUACGCGUGUUGAAGAAACCUGCGAGUGGAUUCUCCGUCGUGAUGAGUUCCUCGAGUGGCAGAAAACUUCUUCCCCAAGCCAAGUACUCUGGAUCAAAGGUCCAGCGGGCUUUGGGAAAACAUUCCUCUGCGCCAAGAUCGUUCAAGAACUGGAGAGGAUAGCACAAAGACCGGUCGCCCACUUCUUCUUAUCCUCCAGGUAUGAGGGUCGCGAUGAUCCCUUCUCGACAAUACGGGUGUGGUUGACCAUGUUGAUGCAACGGAACUCGACUAUUCGGGACAUGGUGGCAAGAGCGCGUUUGUCACAGCAUGAAUCACUGGCAAAUCAAGCGACAAUUCUACGAGUUUUCCGAGACGUUGUCGUAGGAACUCCAGAUUGUAUUCUUGUUCUAGACGGGUUGGACGAGUGCACUGGGAUGACCAGUACAGACACAAAGUCCGUCCCCCAUUUUCUUCAGGAAUUGCGCAUAGCUAUCACCAACACUACAACUAAGAUAUUAAUCUCAAGCCGUGGCGAUGCUCUCAUUCAGCAAGGUCUUUCAGAGUUCACUCGAUACAGCGAAUAUACCAUCAUCCCAGACGACGUUGGGGCAGACUUAAUGGCAUACUCAUCUGAACUUGUCAACGCAAAGUUACCAAACAAGGACGAAUCAACGAGGGCCUCUAUUGCCCAAAGGAUGAAAGACAGAAGUGAGGGCCAGUUCCAGUGGGUCAAGCUUCAAGAAGGCUCUCUGAGAAAGGGAAGAAGCAGAAAGCAACUUGAACGAAAGAUUGACGAGACUCCGUCUGGUCUUGACAGUCUCUACGACCGGGAAUGGAACAGAAUCAACUCAAUGGGGGAUUCGGAUAAAGAUAGAGCUUUCUCAUUGCUGCGAUGGGCUGCGUUUGCAUUCCGACCGUUGACAGUGUACGAGAUUGCGGAGUCCGUUCUCAUUACAGAAGACCUGGAAGAGUUCCCUUUUGAAGAGAUGCCAGACUGUGUCGACAAUGACUAUGUCGACAGUAUGAUCCUAGAGCUUUGCGGAUCCCUUAUUGAAGUCCGCCACGUUUCGUCGUCCAGAAAUACCGAGUAUCCCGAACGUAUUAAAGAAUCAGAAGAGGAUUCUGUUGGCUUGCAAGAGGUUCACUUGUCGCACUUCUCUGUCAAAGAAUACCUCCUCCUCAAAACCUUUCCCGGCACUGGUGCUUUGCUCUCAAAUGAGACACUUCGCGUCGCCAACCUAAAUAUCCACAAUACUAUUCUCGCGAAACUUUGUCUUCAUUUCAUAAGCUUCCGUGGAGUUUGGGAAAUCCUGAAGAUGAACAAUAAUGAAAGAUCAGCAAAGCACUUCACUUUCUAUGCCGUAGAUGAAGGUUUGGAGCAUUGCCGAGGUGUUGAGACUAUGGAUCCGGAUUUGCAGCAGGCAAUCAACGCUUUCCCCUAUAGUCUAAAUGAGAACUGGCCCUUUAUGAGGGAGUUCGUGGAGACCCGCAUCUUCGAUGCUGACCCUGAUAUCCAAGAAAGGUCAAUGACCCCAUUUGUGUUUGCAGUCUGCAGUGGACUCACAGACACUGUGGCGCAUAUCAUACGAGAAGGGAGCUUUGAUAUGGAGGAUCGAUCGUUUGGCAAUUCGACUCCAUUAUUCUGGGCUUGCUUUGUAGAAAGUCAGGAUAUUGUUGAAUUACUCGUUGACAAUGGUGCCGAUAUCAAUGCAAGAUGCCGCCAAGGUCAGGUACCAUUGCACAUUUCUGUGGAGGAUGGAGGCGAUGGAAUUGCGAAACAUCUUAUAUCGAAAGGCGCAGAUGUCUCAGUGGUCGACGAUGAGAGACAAACACCACUUAACUUGGCUUCAAUGAGUGGCAAUACUGAGGUGGUUCGGCAACUUAUCGACAGUGGAGCUGAUAUAUCGCACGAAACAGCAGAAGGUUUCACACCUCUCUCGAUGGCAUCUAGCAGGGGGUUUCUCGAAUUGGCCAAGCUUCUUAUUAAAAGUGGUGCAGAUGUCAAUCAGGUGGCGGCCAACGGCCACCCUCCGCUUUUUCUGGCUGUGUGGUGCAACCACUCCGAACUUGCUGAGUUACUGAUAGAUGAGGGUGCAGAACUGAAUGAGAUUGGAUUUCAGGGCCGGGUAUUCUCAUUACUUGCUGUGGCGGCUGGUAAUGGACAUCACAACAUGGCGAAAGCUCUGAUUAGCAAGGGCCUCAAUCCAACGGAGACCCAGCCAUUGCUUCUGGCUGCCUCCUAUGGUGCCUAUGGUGGAUUCUCGAUCGACUUCGACGCAAAAGAAGCUGCCGAAUCGCCUGAUUUCCCUCGCUCAGGUUAUCAGCAGGUACUGAAGCUGCUACUCCAAAGCGGCGCUGAUGUGAACGCCAGUGACGCGGGCGGUUACACGCCACUAUAUAUCGCUUCAUUCUGCGGAUUUAUCGAUAUAGUGGAGUUUCUGAUACAGAACGGUGCUGGCUUAAAUGUCAAGACACUUGGUGGAGAGACAGCACUUCAUUCUUCCUGUGCGAUGGGGCAUUUGCGAAUCACGCAGCUUCUUAUCCAUCACGGAGCUAAUGUCGCCUUUAAAGACAAUUCUGGUCAUAAUACCUUACACCAUGCCUGUAGGUCAGGACAUAUUGGUGUUGCCAAGCUUAUUAUAGGUUUAUCCAAAAGGCAAACGUUUGACGAGGCUGACUACUGGGGCUCGACACCUUUAUCCAUUGGAGCAAGAUUCGGUGGCGUCGGCAUCAUCAGGGCACUUCUUAAUACAGGCGCUGUAGAUGUCGAAUCUAGCGAUACGUUUGGUAGAGCACCGGCAUUUUGGGCGACAAGCCGCGGUCACGAUGCAGUUGCGAGGCUACUCGCAAAAAGAAAUACGUAUCAAGAUUUGGGAACUGACAUGAAGGUGGAGGAUUCUGUCCAAGAACAGAACCGAAACAUGAGAGCCUACUGUGACAUAUCUUGUUUGAGUCUUGGUGGGCAUUGCUUUGAUGAGACACACGAGUUGGUUCCCGUCGAGGCUGAAGCGGAUAAUUGA